AUGGCAGGCCGGACCCUAGCUCUGCGAUAUGGGUCCCCUUGGUCCCCCAUUUCUGAAACUGAGGUUCCUGGAACCUGGCCCAGCUGGCAUCUCACCAGCAGCGGGGUCGCCCACCACAGGAUCCCACCGGCGCCCUUUCCUCCGCCCACUCUGCAGUCUACGGUCGUGGCACCCCUGCCUGCAGCCAUGAAGCACGACCCGCACAUCUGGGCUUUUGACGAAGUCAUCAGCAGAUGGGAAACCACCUCGGGAUCGGCAUACACGGCCAAGACUCACGGUGGGCCCUGUGCUCAGCCCAAGGCAGCAGAGUAUGAGGACCCUGGGCGGCCACUAGGGAUCAAGUCUUUGGCUGAGAAGCUAAGAAGCCACCAGGGUUGGGGUGUCCCCCUGAACACAAAAUACCAGAUCAGCGAGAUGAAGGCACAGUACACCGGCUGUCCAAGUCUGGACCAGAGUGCCCCUCUCUUUGCGGAGCCCCAACCCCUGGAGCUUGCUGACCACUACCACGGGGGCCCUUCCCAGGCCCUCAUCCCCUGGACAAGGAACCUAGAGCUGGCUGGCCAGCCCUUUACAGUGAGCAAGAUGGGUGUCCUGGACCGCCUCCAGCCCUAUCUGACAACCUCUGCACGUGACUUCUCAAGGAAAGAGCUGUCUGGAUAUCCUGGCCAGAAAACAGUGACUUGCUGGAGCUGUCCGAAGAAGCCACAGGCUUCCUGUCACCUUGAGCUACCACCGAGGGAACGGCUAGCCCGGGCGCGCCCAGUACCACCAGCUGUGCCAUACCUAGGGGCCCUGCCUUUGACCCUGGAGUCCUACAGGCCGCCAGUGCACCCACUCCGCAGGCUGGACCGCUUUUGCCCACUAGAGGCACCCUGGGGAGGCCCCCACCUGAAGCCAGUGCCUGGCAUCCACAGUGUGCCCAAGGCCUACUGCACCGAGAACUCCCGCUAUGGGAGUGCCAAGGCAGAGCUGGUGUGAGCCUCACUCACAGGCAGACAU